GCCGUCGUUUCUCUCCCUUUCUUUCUUUCUUUCGAGGCGAGGGAGCGAGAGCCCACGUCCAUGGGCAAGGAAACCCUAGCGUCCUCCUCUUCUUGGGGCGCGGAUCCGCCACCAGAGGAUUCUUGGAUCGACGCGCAUCGCGGGUUACUUCCUCGAUGGAGGUCCUUGCGCGAAUCUUCUCAGAUGCCGAUUCCGAUUUCGAUAUCCAGAGUCAACCAGUUUGAUGCUGCGAGGUUGGAUGUGGAAAUGACUGCUAUGUUGAAGGAGCAGUUAGUUAAAGUCUUCUCUUUGAUGAAGCCAGGGUUCCUAUUUCAAUACGAGCCAGAACUUGAUGCUUUUCUAGAGUUCCUCAUUUGGAGGUUUUCAAUUUGGGUAGAUAAACCAACACCAGGGAAUGCUCUUAUGAAUCUGAGAUAUAGAGAUGAGCGUGCAGUGCCUACCAGAGGAAAAGACGUUAGAACAGGACUGGAAGGCCCUGGGCUCUCUGUCUCGCAGAAGAUAUGGUAUUGCCUAACAAUUGUGGGUGGCCGUUAUGUAUGGUCCCGCUUGCAAUCAUUCUCUGCUUUCCGCAGAUGGGGUGAUUUUGAACAGAGACCAUUAGGACGCAGGCUUUGGCUCCUAAUACAACGUGUCGAGGGCUUAUACAAAGCUGCAUCUUUCAGUAAUCUGUUGAUAUUCCUGUAUACUGGAAGGUAUAGGAGUAUUAUUGAAAGGGCACUUAAAGCAAGGCUUGUUUAUGGAAGCCCCAACAUGAAUCGAGCUGUUAGUUUUGAGUACAUGAAUCGGCAGUUGGUGUGGAAUGAAUUUUCGGAAAUGUUGCUUUUGCUUCUUCCUCUUUUAAAUUCAUCAUCAAUCAAGAAAUUCCUUCUCCCAUUCUCCAAAGAUAACUCAUCUGGUUCCUCCAGCAAUGAAUCAGAGUGCCCCAUAUGCCAUGCCAAUCCAACUAUUCCGUUUGUCGCUCUUCCUUGUCAGCAUAGGUAUUGUUACUAUUGCCUCCGCACUCGCUGUGCAGCAGUCAGCUCAUAUCGCUGCGCACGUUGCAAUGAGGCUGUUGUGGCCAUUCAACGACAUGGAUUAGGAGAAAGUAGAACAUCUAAGAAUUGAGUUCCCAGUUUGGUAUUGUAAAAGCACUGUAUAAUAUGCCUGAAGCGGCAUACAUUCAUUGAUUUAAAGAACCUCACAGGAAUCUAGUUAGAAAUAGAAUUGCAGCAUUCCGUUUUUGUUUUCUCCAUUGGCAGCAGAGCUCUUCUUAGGCUGU